CAGUAAAAAAUGGGUAUUGGUUUGUUUCGUCUUCAUUCUUGUUGAGGUCAUGACAUUUACAUUAAUGGAGAUUGGAGAAACACGUAAUCGAAACGCGAAACGCCCUUUCUUGGACAAGUAAAGACAGUCCUUUGGAGAACUGAUAAAACCUGCUUCUUUUCUUCAUCGUCAGCAUUCUUUUUCUGCGAAUUUCACUAAUUUAUCACCACUCUUUGUGAGAGGCUGAGUGGGAAUUGAGCACAGAGGCUUACUAAUUAAUGGGACGAAUGGAUCAAGGGCCCUCAACUGAUGUUGUGGACGACAUACAAGGGAAAUAUGUUCAGAUUAGGGAUGAAGAGGAACCCCAAUUGGGAAUGUUCGACAAACCCCUUCCUUGCUGUGGCUGUGGAAUUGGAUGGUUUUCUCUCUUACUUGGAUUUGCAUGCCCAUUGAUGUGGUAUUUUGCUUCAAUUCUUUACAUUGGAAAGUACUAUCAUAAGGAUCCAAGGGAACGAUCAGGGCUAGCUGCCUGUGCAAUAGCUGCUUCAAUAUGCACAGUAGCUGUGGUGAUCAUUCUGCUUGUAUUUUUGUUAUAGUCCUUGCCACCAAAAUCAUCUCUGUAACAGCCGACCCGUGUCAGAAAACAUGAAACUGAUUCCAUGUAAUUAAGACUUUAAUCCUUUAGUUAUGGAAGGAGAGCAACAGAGGUACUGUAGUUCUUAAUAUGUGAGCAUUACUAAACCCCUCUUCAGUGUUGUACAUAAAGUAUGUAGAACUUUCAGCGGAAAUACUACUGUUGAAUGUCCAUUUAAUGGAAAUAUUUAAGUUAUUGUAUAGCGAA